AUGCGUUCCAUCUCACCUCACUGGCUCAACAUUCAAUGUACUAUCCCUAAAAGCUCAUCAGAGUUCAAGGUCUUUAUCACUUGUCCCGCUCUACCCGCUCCCUGUUACGAAAAUUGCCUACCCACUCAGUCCUGCUCUGAAAUCAGCUCUAGAGACGUCGAAUGCGUACCCGAUGGAACCGCAGUCAACUGCACUGAAGUAGUGAAUCCGGAUGGAAGCAAGUUGACGAGCCUCUGGAUCGAUAAACGCAGUCCGCGACUUCAUGGCUCUUGGAUUUGCACAAGCCUGGGAGUGAAGAGUAGUGUUGUUAAUGUAGAACCUGAACUGGAAGAAAGUCCAGUCGUGUCCCCAAACUUAGAGGUGUUGGAAGAGUCACAGUCCUCCAACAAUACCGAAGCUAUGGAAUCGGAUAAGCUAAACGAUGUCGCCGGACAGAAGGAGGAGAAUGGAAACCCUCCAUUUUACGCUAUUACAUCGCGUAGAAGAAAGUACAAUGAAGACCAAAAAACGCUUGGUGACAUGAUAUGCCUUCCCACGCAAAUGAGCCGAACUCAAUCUGGGCUAUGGGAGAACGAUGUCUAUCCAAGUUCCUUCAACGAUAAUUUGAGAGAACCCUAUUAUCUAAAAGAAGAUUCAAACAAAAUCCAACAUUUUGGGACGUUUGGUCCGAGUAACUUUACCUAUGAACAGACACAGGCACAAAAUCACACUGACUUUACCGAUAUGGCAUUUCCUCCGUACUUCAAUACGGUCCAGCCUAACAACCUAUGGAGAACUCGAAGCGCCGUUGCAACAUUCUCCCCUGGAAGCUCCUCUAUGGCUGGCGCUUAUCCAAACCAUCUUCGAACUGAUGCGGCCUCCCUCAAUCAGAUGACUUCACAAAGCGAUGAUCCGCCUCCACCACUACCACCACAACCAUCAAUUCUCCUUAAUCAAUCCUUGCACAAAAUUGGAGAUACGAAACAACCUCUAAAGCCUAACACAAAUCUUGCUCCUGGAAUUACUGCCGUUUAUGAUGACGUGGCCAGCAGCUCUUCGAUAACAAUGGUUUCAAAAGAUAUAAAAAAGCCAAGCCUUCAAAUGGAACCACAGUUACCCAGCUUGGUAGAGUUAGAAAAGCCGGAGAAUCGUUCAAUUCCACAAACGAAUCGAAUCUGA